UGUGAUAGUUCCACUCCUCUCCUCCUUCUUGCGUUCUAAUUCCUAAAACCCAACUUCUCAAAAACCCAAUCUUUUUCUCUUGAAACCUCACAUCUCUCUGUACUAGUUUUGGUUCAACUUUGAUGGGUCCUCCAGCAUUGGCCACUGAUAUGAGAAGUUCUAUUGUAUUAUCAUCAGAUGCCAACUGUGCUAGAUUUCCAGACUCUGAGUUGAAAAGUCUGAAGUCAUUUGCAUCGAUCUCUAUGGAGGACGAAAAGCCAUUUAAUUUUUUAAGGGUGCUAUUUGAGGGUUUUGUAGCGGGUGGUACUGCUGGUGUUGUUGUUGAAACUGCUUUGUAUCCAAUUGAUACUAUAAAGACUCGGCUUCAGGCUGCUCAUGGCGGAAGCAAAAUUCACUGGAAGGGGCUUUAUUCUGGGUUGGCUGGAAAUCUUGCUGGUGUUUUGCCGGCAUCUGCUGUUUUUGUGGGGAUAUAUGAACCUACCAAACAAAAAUUAUUGAAGGUUUUCCCAGAAAAUCUUAGUGCUGUGGCUCAUUUGACUGCAGGUGCCUUAGGAGGAGCAGUGUCUUCUCUAAUCCGUGUUCCAACAGAGGUGGUCAAGCAAAGGAUGCAAACCGGGCAAUUUGCUUCAGCGCCUGAUGCCGUCCGUCUUAUUGUCACGAAAGAAGGCUUUAAAGGCCUUUACGCUGGUUAUAAGUCAUUUCUACUGCGAGAUCUGCCAUUUGAUGCCAUUCAAUUCUGUAUUUAUGAACAACUUCGAAUCGGAUACCGGAUUGUAGCGCAGAGAGAGUUGAAUGAUCCCGAAAAUGCUGUAAUUGGAGCUUUUGCUGGAGCUAUAACCGGUGCUAUAACCACUCCGCUCGAUGUCAUGAAGACACGGCUAAUGGUUCAGGGCUUGGCAAACCAGUACAACGGGUUGAUUGACUGUGUGCAGACCAUUGUUAGAGAAGAAGGUCCUGCUGCUCUUUUAAAGGGUAUCGGGCCGAGAGUUUUAUGGAUUGGAAUCGGUGGAUCGAUUUUCUUCAGUGUUCUGGAAAGGACAAAGUUGCUACUUGCGGACCGAUCAAAACCUAAACGCCCAAAAGAGCAGUAAUGAGCAAUGGGAAAGACAAAAUGCUUUUGGUGCUCAAGUUUGUUGUGACAUCUACUGGGAUUCAUUGCAGUUUUAGUUUUGAAAUAUUUGAGUUUAUUUAUCUGAUUGUUAUAAAAGAUCGGAAAACAUUACAUCAUAAUGUUUUUCCGACAAUGAUUCAGAUUUUUGUCAUCAAUCAAUUGAUCUUGAGACUUUUGUACAUCCC